CGCAGAAUGAGUGCACUUGCUCCAAAGAUGGUAAUCAGGAUUGUACAUAACGAACCAAUGAAAUGCGUCGAAUCUUCGCAGCAAGCAUUGAACAUAGCCCCGGUUGCUGGGUUAAGUAGUAGUUAUCAUCCGCUCGUGAAGAUCCAAAAAGUCAACAGGUUUGUUUUUGUCAGGUCUAUCCCUUUGCCUUUUGCCUUUUAUCUUGUUCAAGCCCUUCCUGGUACAAAGUGACGGCUACGCAAACAAACACCUUCAAGGUACUCUUACCAGCAACCAUUGUCAUUCUCGACAUCCUCGUCCUCAUAAACUCAUAAACACAAAACCCAUCAACUCGAGAAAAAUGCACGCCUACGUUUCUUACAUGCUCCCCCUUGUGGGCUCUGUUAUUGCCCAGUCGACGACAACCAUGGUGGUCUCAAUGCCGCAACUCAACAUGAACAGGACAUGGAGCGGCUCAAUCGUCAAGGCCGACAAGACUCUGACCGAGAUCGACAUAAAGUGCGGCGCUCCUGUUGCCACCACGACCAUCAGCGCACCACCCUGUCAGUUUACAAACGGCAUCCGCGUAACGCAGGGCCCCUCGGUAUGGGGCUACUCUCUGGAAAGCACUGAGUCCAAUGUAGCCAGGACAUAUCAUGCGACUUGCUCCUUCAGCGAGUCCAAGACCAUGACAUGCUCAGGCUCGGUGGUCGCAAAGGUGACCGAAGGCUCCUCAACGGCAACCCACACAUCUACAGACGUCCAGACCGUCACCAACGCCGUCAUGUUCCCAGUCACGGCCAGCAUUACCGCCGGCGCGGAUAAAGUUGCCUCAGCCACCGCCGGCCCCACAAAGACUAGCACCGGCGGUCUGCCAAAGAUGACUCAAAAGGCUGUUCUGGCAGGCGUUGUUGCCGUGGUCGGAGGUGUAGUUAUGAUUUGAGAAUACAGAGGCUCUUUCUUUUUUCAGUGCGAGCUUUUUUGUUCUUUCUUCUUUCUUCUUGGUGUUGUACAAUGUUAUAUUUAUGGCAUAGCAGGAGCGCUUAUUUUAUACCCAUUGGCAGAGCGUUUAUAUCUAUACAUUUCACUAGUUAUUUUCUUCUUCUUUUGGCACCUGUGUCUUUUUUCUGUCCUUAUACAUCGAUUUGAAUCAAACCCAUAUAGAGCAUGCUUUUGGGGCAAACCCUAGAAUGUUCGGUUCCCUGUCAAGUUUAAUGGAGCAUUAGGAAUACUCUGACGAGAUUUGUUCAUCAUUUGUCAUCAGGGAAAAGAAUCCCACUAUAGAUAGUUUGCCGCAAAAACUUUUUUCUUUGCCAAAAUUAUUAUCAAAAGAGUAUAUGUGCAAGAUUGUACAAAAGAAAACAGG